UAACCGCUUGCCAUCUGUGCCGGCAGUUCUUGAAAACUUCCUGAGAGAUCCGUAGAUUUAAUAAGAUUCAGAAAGACUUAACAGAUCAUGGACAGCAUCAUUGGACGCAGUCAGUUUGUCUCGGAGACGGCUAACCUCUUUACUGACGAGAAGACUGCUACGGCUAGGGCAAAGGUGGUUGAGUGGUGCAAUGAAUUGGUCAUCGCAUCGGCUUCAACUAAAUGCGAACUGCUAGUUAAGGUGCAGGAGACUAUCCUCGGGUCCUGCGUGGAACUGGCCGAGGAGUUUCUGGAACCGGUUCUGUCCCUAGCCCAUGACCCAAACAUGGAGGUGCGCAAGCAAGUAGUCGCCUUUGUGGAGCAAGUUUGCAAGGUGAAGGUGGAGCUACUGCCUCAUGUUAUCAACAUCGUGUCCAUGCUGCUAAGGGAUAACUCGGCCCAAGUGAUCAAGCGAGUGAUCCAGGCCUGCGGCAGUAUCUACAAAAAUGGAUUGCAAUACUUGUGCAACCUCAUGGAACCCGGCGACAGUGCGGAACAAGCGUGGAACAUCCUCAGCCUAAUCAAGGCCCAGAUUCUGGACAUGAUCGAUAAUGAAAACGAUGGUAUACGCACCAACGCAAUCAAGUUCCUCGAGGGCGUCGUUGUCCUGCAGAGCUUUGCUGACGAGGAUAGCCUGAAACGUGAUGGAGACUUCUCCCUGGGCGAUGUUCCCGACCACUGCAAGCUGUUCCGCCGCCAGAAGCUGCAGGAAGAGGGCAGCAACAUAUUCGACAUCUUGCUUCAGUUCCACGGCACCACGCACAUUUCUUCAGUAAACUUGAUAGCCUGCACAAGCAGCCUGUGCACGGUAGCCAAAAUGCGGCCCGUGUUUAUGGGCGCCGUCGUGGAUGCCUUUAAACAGUUAAACGCUAACCUACCGCCAACCCUCACCGACUCGCAGGUGAGCUCCGUGCGCAAGAGUCUCAAGAUGCAGUUGCAGACACUGCUAAAGAAUCGCGGAGCUUUCGAGUUCUCUGGCACGAUCCGAGGUAUGCUCGUUGAUUUGGGCUCUACGACAAACGAGAUCCAGAAGCUUUUGCCAAAGAUGGACAAGCAAGAAAUGGCUCGCCGUCAAAAGCGCAUCCUGGAAAAUGCCGCACAAAGUCUUGCAAAGAGAGCCCGCUUGGCCAGCGAACAACAAGAGCAGCAGCAGCGAGAAAUGGAGCUGGACACCGAGGAGUUGGAGCGUCAAAAGCAAAAGUCCACUCGAGUCAACGAAAAAUUCCUGGCCGAGCAUCUCCGAAAUCCCGAGACGGUGGUUGGUCUGGUGGUCGAGUUCCUGCCCAACCUGCCCGCUGAAGUCCCUCAAAAAUUUCUCGAGGAGUAUUCGCCGAUUCGCCAAAUGUCCAUUCAGCAGCAGGUGAGCAACGUCUCCAGAAUGUUUGGCGAGCAGCUUUCAGAGAAGAGACUCGGCCCAGGUGCCGCAACGUUCAGUCGGGAGCCUCCAAUGAGGGUUAAAAAGGUGCAAGCUAUUGAGGUAGCGCCUACUGCCAUGGAAGUAGACGAAAUAUCGGUCCAAAAACUGAGUGAAGAAGAGCUGCAACGUAAGGAGGAGGCCACAAAAAAGCUGCGAGAGACCAUGGAGCGCGCCAAGGGCGAGCAGACCGUAAUAGAAAAGAUGAAGGAGCGCGCAAAGACUUUAAAGCUGCAGGAGAUUACCAAGCCGUUGCCACGCAACCUGAAGGAGAAGUUUCUCACUGAAGCUGUCCGUCGCAUUCUGAACUCGGAGCGGCAGUGCAUUAAAGGCGGCGUCUCCUCCAAGCGCCGCAAAUUGGUCACUGUGAUUGCGGCCACCUUCCCAGACAACGUGCGUUACAGCAUUAUGGAAUUCAUACUGGAGGAUGUGAAGCAGCGCGUUGACUUAGCCUUCUCCUGGCUUUUUGAGGAAUACUCUCUGUUGCAGGGUUUUACAAGGCACACCUACGUAAAAACCGAGAACCGACCCGAUCACGCCUACAACGAGCUGUUGAAUAAGCUUAUCUUUGGCAUAGGAGAGCGUUGCGAUCACAAGGACAAGAUUAUAUUAAUACGUCGCGUUUAUUUGGAGGCACCCAUUUUGCCGGAAGAUUCGAUCGGACACCUCGUUCAGCUUUGUCUAGACGACGAGUUUUCCCAGCACGGACUGGAACUGAUAAAGGAUCUGGCAGUUCUCAGGCCUCCUCGAAAGAAUCGCUUUGUGCGAGCGCUACUCAACUUUUCCGUACACGAGCGAGCUGACCUUCGGGAUCGAGCACUGUCCCACCUUGUCAGUCUUUACCAUGUGUACAAAAUCCUUCCAGCGCGAAUCGACGACUUCGCUUUGGAGUGGCUUAAAUUCGUUGAACAGGAGGCUCCGCCGGCAGCAGUUUUCUCACAGGAGUAUGGGCGUCCAACCGCAGAGUCUGCUUGGCGAGAAGACACAGCUAAGGUUUGCCUGGGUUUGGCCUUUACCCUUCUGCCGUACAAACCGGAAGUUUACGUGGAGAAAAUUUGUCAAGUGUUUGUGUCAACCUCCGCCGAAUUGAAGCGCACAAUCCUGCGAAGCCUUGAUAUUCCCAUAAAGAAACUGGGUGUCGAAAAUGCCACUUUACUGCAACUGAUCGAGGACUGCCCCAAAGGCAUGGAGACCUUGGUGAUACGCAUUAUUUACAUUCUAACAGAGCGAGUGCCCGCACCCCACGAGGAUCUUGUCCGGCGGGUACGGGAUCUCUACCAGAACAAAGUGAAGGAUGUGCGUGUGAUGAUACCCGUGCUGAGUGGACUAUCUCGCACCGAGCUGAUCGCCAUUCUCCCUAAGCUAAUAAAACUGAACCCAGCUGUGGUCAAGGAGGUCUUUAAUCGAUUGCUUGGCAUCGGUGCCGAGUUCGCGCAUCAGACAAUGGCGUUAUCGCCCACAGAUAUAAUGGUGGCUUUGCACACCAUUGACCCGAGUGUCUGUGACCUGAAGGCCAUUGUUAAGGCCACGUCGCUGUGCUUGGCAGAAAGGGAGCUGUAUACUCAGGAGGUACUUAUGGCUGUCCUGCAGCAGCUGGUGGAGGUCGUCCCACUGCCAACUCUAAUGAUGCGCACAACCAUCCAGAGCCUUACUCUCUACCCGCGCCUCGCCAACUUUGUCAUGAACUUGCUGCAGCGGUUGAUCAUGAAGCAGGUCUGGCGGCAGAAGGUAAUAUGGGAGGGCUUUCUCAAGACAGUGCAGCGCCUCAAGCCGCAAUCCAUGCCGAUUCUGCUGCACCUUCCUCCUGCCCAGCUGGUGGACGCACUGCAGCAGUGCCCUGAUCUAAGACCUGCUUUGUCGGAAUACGCAGAGAGCAUGCAGGAUGAGCCCAUGAAUGGCAGCGGCAUUACUCAGCAGGUUCUCGAUAUCAUCUCCGGAAAGUCUGUGGAUGUGUUCGUUACGGAUGAAAGUGGCGGUUACAUCAGCGCCGAAAACAUCAAGAAGGAGGUGCAGGAUCCGUCGGAAAUCGGCGUUAUAUCCACAGUACCCGUGCUGACGUCUCUGGUUCCCCUGCCUGUUCCCCCGCCAAUCGCUGGUGAUUUGAACCAACCUCUGCCGCCUGGCGAGGAUUAGUUUGAAAUGAAUUGUUUUGUUUGCCCGUAGACAUCUCCCAUUUACUAAAUAAGACAAAGUUCAUAUUUACAAUUUCA